AUGAAGGGUGGCAUGGCCCGAUGGCGCCGCGGGGCCGCUGGGGGCCUUUCCGGAGAGCAGGCCGAAGCCCUGGCGGCCGCUGCUGGCGCGUGCGCGGGCGAAUUGGUGACCACGGUGGCGUUCUAUCCGAUCCAGCUGGUGAAGUGUCGCCUCCAGGCGGCCAUCAGAGGUUCUACCGACGCCUACGCGUACUCGGGGCUGCUCCACGGGAUAGGCUGUGUAUUCAAGGAGGAGGGCAUCCUGGGGCUGUUCGGGGGCAUCAGCCCUGUGAUGGUGCAGGUGAUGACGAUUAGAAGAAACAAAAUUUUAUGUUUAUGCAAUUUCCGGUUCCUCUAA